AUGCAGCUGGAGCGGAGCGCGACUUUGAUCCCAUCCGUUAAUGCUGGAAUCUGGGAGCAGGGGAUGUCGACACGGGUGGUGCUGUUCAGAGAUUGGGUCUGGAAGGAAGGGCGGCCAUCGACCGUAUGCUUCGCGGGCGUGCAGAAGCUAGACGGCAAGGCUGGGCCGGACAUGAUGCAGAAUGCAGCGGCGUUUAGAGUUGAAGCGACGGGCGUGGUCGGCGUGCGUUACGACACCAGCCAGCCAUCGGUGCUGCUGUCGACUAGUACUCCACGGGCGAAACGCAAGCUGGCAGAGGCUGGUCUCGAAGUGCCAGACAGCGAGGAGGACGAUGAGGAAUACGGGUGGGUUCAGGAAGACGACGCGGCACUUCCCGGCCCGCCGCCACAAUGGCAAGGCAGCGAAGACCUCCUCUUGGGAACGCAGGCGGCCGAAAGCGAAGAGGACGGGGACGGCGGCGACCAUGAUGACACGGGGGACGAGGCAGGACAAGUGGAGGAGACAGCGGUUAGCGGCCGAGAUAACGACGAAUUGGCCGAGUAG